AUGCUCGAACGGGCGGCCGGUUGCUUCGAAAGCGCGGGACGGCGUUUCCUUCGAGAUCCCAAUGGCGCUAUUCGGAGUCGGAGGUCGCUAUCUCGUCACUUCUGGAAGCACAAUGUCACCGGAGGAGAUGUCCCCGGCUGGUUUCUCGCUUUGGUGCAGCCAUCAGGCCAACGCCCGUCCGCCGUUUCUAGCCCGUCCGAAAGCCUUCCUGCCUAUGAUCGAAGCCCGCCCGUUCUCGACUUCCUCUGUCCACGGAAAACGCAAGACUUUGCAGCAUUGCGGCUUUCACGCUCCUCAAAGAGGCUGGGUCUACGACGGAGGAGAAAGUCACUUGCCGGCUUCUCGAGAUUAUAUACCACAGAAGCCUCAAACCUGCACCAAAUUCUGCUUCAUGACUCUCAUGAGCACGCGCCCUCGCCAGAAGAAUAUGGCACCGAUGUCCCGAAGGAGGCUACGGAGGAGCUCACAAGGCUGUUGGAAAACCAAGGGGAUGAUUUUGACAGAGCUUGGGUGUUUUACCUUGCCGCUAGACAACCGCAGCUCCUUCGUUCCUCGCUUUGCGCCUAUCUCAGCAGAUCAUCGCAUCUUGUUGACCAAGAUCGUGCCUGGCAAUUGUUUGAAGGAAUACCACCGGAGAGCCGUUCCGCCGACGAUUUCCUCCACAUUACUCAAUCACAGCUUCGUGCCGAGGAACCUUUGAAGAUCAGAUCAAUAUGUGAAGAAGCUGUCUCCAGAGGCUUUGCGGACUCUUGUUGCGCACUGGCUUCCGCAUUCUACGUGAAGAAGAACGACUGGACCAACGCUCUGGACAUUUGCCAGUUGGGAGUACAAGGGAAAAAAACAUUUCGAAGGUACACGCAAAUGCUUUCUCAACUUGAUCACCUGAUGCUGCCGGAAAUCACCAUUCGACUUGGAGAUUUCCUAACAACCCAACCCAACAACAAGGCCGCACUUGGCCUCGCGCAGUUCCUCAUUGGCCAUAUAUCAAAGUCUCUCGAAUUGCUUGAAAGCAUCUCAAUCGACAUACUUCUUCGGAUGUUGCGAACUUACCACCAUUUGGGUUUGCUGAAGGGGGCUCAUUAUUUUGACAUGAUCCGAGCUCUUCAAUCCUCAAGCACAAGAUCAAAUGUUGUUCGCGCAGUUGUUUUUUACCGACACCUGCGUUGGCAAAUGCCUUCAGAGAAGCCGCCCGCAAAACUUCUUAGCGGUCAGAUCCACGCCUUGGCAUCCCUCGAUAUUACCAAUGGCAUCCGACUAUUCCUGGAUGAACUGUCCCAGUUUCACCAGAAACCUUCCAUGGAAGCAUACAGGCAGGCCAUGAUGGUAUAUUCACGUGCUGGAGACGUGGCACAGGUGGAUGCUGUUUUCGAGAGACUCGUCGCGGACUAUGGGCCACCUCGCAGUCGUCAUCAGGUGACUCCGCUCCUGUACGUCCACGCGCAGAUUGGCAAUGUGCAGGAAACGCAUGAUCAGUUCCGAAGAAUUGCGGAGGAUUUUAAUCUCACCCCGAACACAGUGUGUUGGAACAUUCUUCUCAAGGCUUAUGCUACCGCGGAUGAUCCAGCAGGCGCUCUUUCUGUAUUCUCUGAAAUGCUGAAGAACGACGUGUCGCUUGACUCCCAUACGUUUGGUACGCUGAUGGGAAUUUUUGCAAAUCGCGGUGACAUUGACAGUACGCGUUGGUUGCUUAGAGAGGCGCAAAAACAUCAGGUCCAGAUCACCAUGCCAAUGCUUGAUACUGUUGUUCAAGUCCACUGCCAUAACGGACGAUUGGAUCUCGCCGAGAAGUUUGCCAAGGCGGCUUUGCGCUUGAAAGUCAAGGGAUCUCCCAUGAGAAUGUGGAAUACGCUCCUGCUGCAGUACGCGUUUAGGUUGGACGUGGAGGCUUUCAGUCGAGUCAGACGAACUAUGGACAGGGCCAAUUUGUCACCGGAUGCUACAACAUACGCUGCUAGCAUGCUUAGCUUGGUGCUGAUGAACAGGCCGGACCAAGCACGAAAGCUUCUUCGAAACUUGCACAAGAAACGUAUCAUCCAUGCCACGGAGUACCACUAUGCCAUCAUUCUGUACGGGUAUCUCCGGGUUCAGAAUCGCGAUAUGGUUCACAUCAUCUUCAAUGAGAUCGGCCAGAGAUUCGGCCGAGCUGGGAUCCAGUCGAGUCUUUUGAAACUCAAGUCGGACGUUGAGCGUGACUUGCAGAUCAUGAAAGACGAGGGUCUUAGACCUCAUGGCGAGAGCCUACGACUGGAAACCGCGGAAAGGUUCUUGAUUUCAGCAAUAUCUCAAAUGGGCACCAAUUCCUGGGUAUCCAAACUCUCGCUGCUCGGGAUUUCGGGAGGGUCUUCCGCCGAAGCCUUCUCUACUUUGCACUAUCAAUAUCUCAUCAAGGAAUACGGAAAAGGAGGUGCAGUUGAACGGGCCCGCGACUUGUUCCAGAAGUACACUGCCACCAAGCCGUCUUCAAGCUCGCUAGAAAACGGACUUGAAACUGCCCCAUUCGGCACUGUCAAUGCGAUGAUGAUUGCGUAUUUGAAGGCCGAUGAAUACGAGAGCGUGGAGAAGUGCUGGCAAAUCCUGUUUCCGCGCGCCAUCAAAAUGGCCAGCCACAUCAACGUUAGUGAAUAUUUCGAAUCGGGGCCAAAGAGUUCCACUGAAACCUUUGCGUCAACCCCUCCUUUGGAAUCAUCAGCUCUGGAACCUUCCGCGAAAGCCGAAACAAGCUCAGAUGGCGCGACAUGUGACCGCUCUGAACGACAAGUCCAGCCUAAGAUCCUUCCUUCGAAACGUUUCAUUCUGUCUAGACCAUUUUCUCUCUACAUACGGGCCUUGGCAUAUCAGAAUGAGACCGAGAAGAUCUUCCAAGCCGUGGCAGAGCUCAAAGCCGCUGGCUUCAAGAUGACCAAUUACAAUUGGUCGACGUACGUACAGAUGAUGGCGGCUUCAGAUCGAAUGUCCGAUCUGGUCGAGGCUUUCAAAACCACUGAACGCAUGUUCAUGCCGAGGUUCCCUGGAUGGGGCCCGAUACGGCGAGGAUACGUGUUGAAGACCAAGAAAUCUCCAAAAUUCGCACAUAAGCUUGAAGACCCUCGAGUCGAUCCGCGCUCCAUCCAACGGCAAAGCCAGAAGUUCCUCGGGAAAGCUGCACGGGACCACUUCAGUGCACUCCGGCCUGAUCUGCUCUCACCGACCUAUGUCACCAUGGUGUAUCUUGCUGCGGCGCUGAACCGCGUUCGGGACGAUAGUAUCUUGAAUGGCAGUGACGAACUACAGGUUCUCCACGAUACUGCACCAAUGACGAUUCAGGCCCUUGGCAAGAUGCCCUAUUGGCGUGAAAAAUUCCAGGGAGUGCUGAUACGCGGCCGUGAAGUUGGACCCGACAUGGAAAAGGCCCCCACCGACGAAUAUGUUGCUCCAGGUGGAGUUCUCGGUGUUGGCGUUAAAGCUAGAUCCAGAAAAGUGCCCCGCGGUGAUCAACCCGAGGAGGAGGAAGGUCCUUACAUGGACAUUUCAGCCACAAAUGAAGCCCCCGAUGCGUUUACCGAAAUCUUCGGGUCCGAUGAUCUUGAAGACCCACAGGAGAGCCCCCUAUCCAGCGAAGAUUUGCUCGACAUUGAGGGUGAUAUUCGGUACCAUCGCCGCAUAGCGCAUGCUCACGAGAGCAAGCGCCGCAGGGAGGAGAAUAUCAAACUCCAGAAGGCUUCGCAUGGGACUCGGAAGGCCAGGAAGCCGGUUCGAGCGGUUGACGUUGAUGAAGGCCUCGAUGAAAUGUUUGAUGAGGAAGAAGAGUUGAGGGAUAUGGAUGAACUAUCUGAGCAUGAAAACCCGAAUGAGAGUGAUCAGCCCAGCAGUGAGGUUGACGAGCCAAGCGAGCUUGGUGUUGAGCGCGUGGACACCGAGACGUCUGAAAGGCCAAAAGAGACGUACUGA